AUGAAGUGGAUCAAUAACAUCAUUAAGAUCAUAUUAAUUCUAAGCAUUCUAUUUUCAUGUAUAAUUGUAAUUACAUCAGGCACGUUCAAUGCAGAGGAAUGUAGAAAAGGCUGUGCUAAAGAUUACUCGGAGUGCCGAUCUCAUAAAUUCAUGAGAUGCACUGAAUCAAAGAAUGGUUGUCUCAAAAGAAGUACAUUUAGAGCCGAUCUUAUACCAAAAUAA